UUGGAUCUGCCGUAUACGUCAUUGACAUCAAGCGUCUGCUCGCCAUCGCACAACUGAGACGCAUCAACGGCUCAGCAACAACGAUAUUAACAGACACGCACAGAAAGAGACAGUCCCAGACAGAGAGACAGCCUCACACCGAGACGAACAGGCCCGGGCAGAGAAACAGCCCCGGAAAACCAGAAACAGGUAGAGACGGAGACAGCCAGACACGGCACGCAAAGUGACAUACCUACCAUGGAGACCCAGACCCGCUGGCGCCCAAACAUUCGGCCCCUGAACACCGAGCGCGGUCCGCCCAGCCCCCCCGGCCUCUACUCGUCCCGCAGCUCCAUCUACUCGGCGUCUAUGCGGUCGCCAAACAUGCUCAGCCCCAUGUACCCGAGCUCACCGGGCUACGACCAGGCCAUGCGGCGCCACGAGCGUGCCAUGCUCGAGAGCCUCGACCAGCGCGGCCGGUCAGGUCAGGCAGGCCAGCCAAGCCAGCUCGAGUCGCAAAAUCUGCAGAGCGUUGCCCAGAACCGCUCGCUGUUUCCGAUCGCAGAGCAGAAUUUGCGGCGUGCCUCGCUCGCCAGCCCCCCGCCCCGCCCCUCGGCAAGCUCGCCCCGUUCGCCCGGCCGCCUGAUGCACCGUCCCAGGCAGACGCUCGCCGCCGAAACCCGAUCGAUCCUGCUCUCCGGCAUUCCAGACCCCCAGACUCUCGCCGAGCGCCGCCAGUCCCUGCCUCCAUCGUUCCCGGUCGGCCGUCGCGGCAGCCGCCACGUGCGACAGGAGCUGCAGGCCUGGGGCCACGUCUACUUUGGUAAUGGAUCUGAAGCCAGUUGCUUCGUAGCGGCCGUGGCCCUUCGGAGACCCAGCGAGGCCUCCUCGGGUGACGACGGCCCUACACGGAGUCGGGAGCACCGCCGCGUGACGAUCCGCGCGCGCGUUCGCCCCCGUGCGCUUGACCGCAAGCCCUUCCUCCUCCAACGGACCUUUGAUAUGGACGAGCUCCGAGCCACGGUUCCGGAGCCGUCGCCAACCGCGGCAUCGCCCCGGCAGCUGUCGGCCGACCUCGGCAGCCGAGAUGCCCAGCUCCGCGCGCGCCGGCGCUCCUCGACCUCGGACCCUGCAGAUCCCAGCGCCGAGCUUAACAAGUCUCCGGUGCGGAGUACAAACACGGUUCCGAUCCAUCUGCGCUAUGCGCGUGCUUACUUCCCGGUUCUGGCCGCGCUCAUCUACUCCGGGCACAUCCAGGCGCGCGACAUCAUCGAUCUCCCCCUGCCACAUCCCGAGGCCUGGACGCAGACGGCGGCACAUGUCUACACGGGCCAGGGCGAGCUAACCGACGCCGUCCGACAAAACAUUGAGUACCUGGGCGGUAAAGUUUGAUUGCGAGCGGCGACACGCCACUCGCCGGUUAUCGUGGCUGUCUAGCUAGUUUAAGCAGCCUACGUCUUGUUUAGCUUACCAAUCGGUCCUAUUUAUGUGCAUUGUCCAACAGCCUUUGUCUCUAUCCGGAGCUGUCUUUGAUGUACACAGUCCACUGGGUGAGCCGCGAUUGCCGCCGCGUGUCGCAUGUGCCUCGAGUCUUUCACUUGCCGACUGCUUGCUUGCUGG